AUGGCUUCUCCUCCUCCGUCUUCAGGUCGACGUCGUGGUCUGAGUCUUGCCAAAGAGUCUCUGGCAGGAAAUACCAGUACCUAUCUAGACGGCAACUUGGAAUACCGAUCCCAUCAAAGUGGGCCAGCGACAAGCAUUGAUGGAGUCCUCGAUGGCCAUCAACCACAACUUCGAAGUCCUCGAAAUACACUCUCCAGCACUUCUCUCUCGUCACGCAGGUCCAUCAGUGCUAUCCCACCAUCUCCAAUUGUCGCUCAGGAUACGGCUGUCCACACCCUAUCCCAUACCAACUGUAUCGCCGAAAGCCAUGACCCCGCCAGAUUGGUAGCAACCAUCUACUAUAACUCAGCUUCCCCACGACAUCCUCAUAUUCAUCCAGAUCAAUCACCACAGGCGCGACCAUCGGAUCCAAUCCCCGUUCCGGAGAUCGUAGAAGGCUCUGCACCAACCACCAGCAUCGCAGAAUAUCCCCUGGAGCCACCAGCACCAGAGCCUGAACCCUUGGAUCAUCUAUAUGGCGCCUAUAUCUCUCAAAUGUGCUUGACUCACUUCCUGUCAACUCUGGACAGUCUUCUUAUCCACAACAAACCGGACGAAAGACGUCUCACUUCGUCACACCGCUGUCUCUCCCCGGACCCGUUCAAGCCCCGAAUCGUGGAAGUGACUUUUUCACCACCACCGAACCCGGAAUACCUCCCGUCGGAACUCAUCUCCAAACAUGAAUCCAUCUACAAUUUCGAGCGAGAGUGGAACUGCGAGAUCAUCCUGCAACCCUCCAACGUCUUCCGGCGCCACAAACGCCUCUGCGUCUUCGACAUGGACUCGACGCUCAUCCAGCAAGAAGUGAUCGACGAAAUUGCCGACUUCAUCGGCGUCAAAUCCCAAGUCGCCGCAAUCACCGAGCGCGCCAUGAACGGCGAGCUGGACUUUGCCGCCAGUCUGACGGCCCGCGUCGCCCUGCUCAAGGGCGUCCCCUCGGACGUCUUCGAGCGCCUCAAGCCCAAGAUUGUCAUCACCCCCGGCGCGAAAGAACUCUGCAAAGUCCUCAAACGCAUCGGCUGCACAUUGGCCGUGCUGAGCGGCGGCUUCCAGCCCCUGGCAGACUGGCUGGCCGGCGAACUGGGCCUCGACCACGCAUUCGCCAACCAUCUGAUCUCGGACCCAGACUCGCAAACCCUCACGGGCGAGCUGCACCCGGACUUCUCCAUCGUCGACUCCACGCACAAGCGCAAUCUCCUCAUCAGCCUCGCGGCCGGCAAAGGCAUCCCACUCGCGCAGACCAUGGCGGUCGGCGACGGCGCAAACGAUAUCCCCAUGCUCAAGGCCGCAGGCCUCGGCGUCGCGUGGCGUGCCAAGUCCAAGGUCCAGAUGGAGGCUCCUGCGAGGCUGAACGUCGGCGAGAGUAUGCUCGACAUUGCGUAUCUGCUAGGCCUGACGAAGAAGGAGAUUGAUGAUUUGCUGCGCGAUUGA